AUGAAGUAUUUCUUAUAGAAAAUGCUUCUUUAUUAUCCUAAUCAGAAUAUUUUGGGAAGUCAAAACAAAAGCAUACAUGUACCUGAGGCUGGCUUAAUCCAUUAUACUACUCCAUUUCCAGUUUAUCAAUUUUUCAUGAAGGUUGGAAUUCUAAUGUUGGAUUCAAUGUUUGAUGCUGUGAUAAUUUCACCUAUUAGAAUAAUACUAUCGAUUUUAACAAAUAACAUGAUUUCGAUCGAAUUCAGAUUGGAUUUAAUUUAAACUGCAAUGAUUUGGUUGAUAACAUGGCUUUUUACAUUCAACUAUUUUGAAGUUGGAUUUUGGUAUCACAUAAUAAGGAGUUAAUCUUAAAUUAAGUUAUAUGGAAUUAUCUAGAUUUUGGAUUUGCUUGAUAGAUUGGCUUGUACUUAAGGGGAUUACAUUAUAAGAUAGUUGUAUUGGUAAAAUGUGUACAAGAAUUAAUCUGUUUUCAAUAGAUACUUGCCCUAUUCAUUUAUUUAUAUCUUUGCACAUGCGUGUUUGUUGGGUUUACAGUUGACAGUUUAUAAUGUAAUAUUUAGUUAGAAAGUAUAACUCUUAUAUCUAGCCUUAUUCGUUUUGAGUUUAAUUAAGUUAAAGGGGUCAGUUUUCAAAAAAUAGGAUGAGAAGUCAUGUAUAACAACAGCAAUAAAUGAUGGAAGAGAGUACUUUCAAAAAGCACUCUAUAUUAUAUUGAUUUCUAUGAGUGUUAAAUUUACUCCAGUAGACUUUUAUUACAAGAUCGGGUUUUACUUUUUCAUAGAAUUGUUAGUCGAUUCCUUUAAAUACAUUUCGAUAUUUCAUUUAAAUAGUGUACCAAUAAAUGUGCUAAACGAAUAAACAAAGAGUUUGUCUAAUUUUAUGUAUGCUGUUUCGAUAUAAUAAGAUUAAAUAAAGGAGUUGUCAUUAAUUGAUCAGAAAGACUUAUGCAUAGUUUUAUAAAAUGUCCCGCUUGCUUAAGCCAAAAUUAUAGGGAAAUUCAACAUUGUAAUUUUCCCUUAGGUGAUAAUAAUUCUGAAAAUGUUAGCUUACAAUUACCAAAAGCAUAAGUCAUCUUUGGAUAAAGAGGAUUAUAUUUAUAUUGGAUUCAUCAUAUUUAUUAUGUUAUCCUUCACUAAAAUGAUCAUAUUUUUCUACCAUAGAAACAGCUAACUCUACUUGCAUAUAAAUAAAUUAAAAGAUUGA